UCUCCUUUUCUUUCCGUCAUACACACACAGAGAGACGCACGCCCUCAAACACACGCACACACAUAGGCAGGCAGGCAGUAUGUUCAUAGCGUGGAGGGUUAGGGACAAAAACAUUUAUUAGUUGGAUAAUUUUAUAUUGUGACAACAAAAGAUACAAUAUGACUUCACUUGUAAUUUUAUUAAUUUGAGAAUUUUCUUUUCCCUCCGUUCCUGGCCCUCCCAAUCUCUUGUAUCUUUUCCUGUUUUGUCUCGUGGUUAAGCAAAUAAUUUUACUUGGCUUAUUUUAUCUCAAAUGACACAUCAACGACAUCUAUGUGGACAGACAAGUCAUGAAAAUACUGAACAGUGCCUUUCCUUUCUGAAGUGGCAGUAAUAACUUCUUCCUCAAUCGCAUGGAUUCUUUUUUCGGCCGCGUCGUAAAAUGAUUAGAUUAGCACCAAAAAAGAAUCAAACGUAGACAUUAAAUUAAAGAAUCUGACUUUGUGUGCUCUUCCGUGGGCAGUGUUUUCUUCCUUUUUGUGUGUGUGUGUUCCUGUGGGGCAUCUUGCAACUACUGAGAAUAUUUUUUAGAUGUCACAAACAGAAGCUGCCAAAACCCUGCAGCUUAUAAAUCUGCUAUGGCAAUUGAAAAAUCCGAGCUUUCUACUAAACUUCUACUUACGGAACUUACACAAAGAGAAACAGGAUUUUCUUGAUUUGAUUGAACGCUAUGGAUGGUGAAAUCGGAUCAUCACAUCAUCAGCAGGAAAACCAUGUCUUAGUCGAAGGUGACUAUAUGUAUAAAGAGCUAUGGAAAGCAUGUGCAGAUCCCAUAAUGGAUCUUCCCAAACUUGGGGAGAGAGUUUACUAUUUCCCAAUGAAUCACAUGGAGCUGUUGAAGGAAUCAGCUGAUCAGAUAAUACCAUUGUUCGACCUCCCUACAGAUAUCCUCUGCAGGGUCAUUAACAUUCAGCUCAUGGUGGAACCUGAUACUGAUGAGGUUUACGCACACAUUACUUUACUUCCAGAAGAAAAUCAAAGUGACCAAACGACUCCUGAUGCUUGGUCUCCUCAGCCUCUUAAUUCGCAGUUUCAGUCAUUCUGCAAGGUUUUGACUGCUUCUGAUACCAAUAGUAACUGGGGACUCACUGUGCGACGAGAAGAUGCCAUCAAAUGUUUUCCUCCCCUGGACAUUACCAAGCAGAAACCAAUCCAGGAAUUGAUAGCAAAAGACCUUAAUGGCUCCGAAUGGCAAUUUUGUCAUGUAUUUCGAGGCCAACCUCGAAGACAUUUGCUUACAAAAGGUUGGAGUAAAUUUGUUGCUAGUAAGAGAUUAGUUGCUGGAGAUUCAGUUAUCUUCUUAAGGGGAGAAAAUGGUGAACUUUGUGUUGGGGUUAGACGCCAAGCUCAUCGAAGACACAACAUUGGUUCAUCACCAGUUUCAAGUCAAACCGUUCAAGGAGUGCUUGCAGUGGUCUCCCAUGCUUUUGCCACGAAACGUCUCUUUUCUGUCUAUUAUCAGCCACGGAAAAGCAGAUUCAUUUUAAGCUUGAGCAAAUAUCUUGAGCCAAAUAGAGAGAAACCAUCAAACCAAGAUUUAGCUCAGAUUGCUUCCAACGGCCUAUCCACUAACCAGGCCUCCGUUGAUGUCCUUGAUUGUGAUGUAUUCGGUGACAUCUUCUUAGCUGCUCACCCUCUCUUUCUAGAGAAUACACCAGAGUCAAAUGGGAAUUGCGUAGGAGUUGCUUCUACUGUCCAAAAUUUUGAGGGGUGGCCAGAACCCCAGAGGGAGAGUUUCACUACCUAUCCACAGCAGCCUAUACCAGAACCUUCUGCGACGAUUUCAACCUUGCAGCCAACUGACACCUUACAAGUGAUGUGUACUUAUUCUACCCCGAGGCAGCUUCCAACUGAGGGAUCUGGUUUUGGUAGUGAGCAAGUCUCUUGGGCAGGUUACCAAGUGGCCCAACAAUAUGUUCCUAUACUCAGUAGAGUCAUUAUGCGUUACCCCAGUACUAUCUCUGGCUUCAAAGCAAUAACUGGUGCGCUGCAGUCAGUGUACUUGGAGAUGUUGGCCACGUUAGUAGAUUUGCUUGAGAAAUCCAGAAUAGGAAGCAUGGACAAUAGGAACCAGUUCCAGGUCAUUAAGCAAUAUCUUGCGGACUUGAAGUUUAUUGGUAUCGAUAUUAGCUGGAUUGAAACCCGUUUAGCACAAAUUGAUGAAGUCUUGAAAAUGGAGAAGUUAAUUCAGCACCAACAUACGCUUGCCCGCAAAAUUGAUGAAACACAGUUCACACUUGGGCAACUAAACCAGGAGCUUGGUUCAGUGAGGAAGGAACUCGAGGAGUUGACGCCCAAAGUUGGGCCGAGCCCUCCUUCAAAAGAUUGUUCUAUUCUUGAGGGUCUGCUCUAGGUUUAGUUGUUCUGUUUUUCUUUACUGUUUGGCAUACAAAGUCUGAAUAUAAUGUGGCUAACAUUGAUAUGAGGAGCUUGUUCCAGAGCACCAGCUGAGCUUAAUUACUCACACAGUGGAAAUGUACUAUGACUUCAUUUUCUAAUGAUUGGAGGUUGCAUCCCUAAAUAAGGAGAUGAUAUACUUGGGAGGUCUUUGGAGUUUCAACACUCAGUGUAUUUAAUGAAAAUGCUGUUUUUGUUUAAGCUUUUA